AUGUCUUCUCACAAGACUUUCAGAAUCAAGCAAUGCCUGGCCAAGAAACAAAAGCAAAAUUGUCCUAUUCCUCAGUGGAUUUGGAUGAAAACUGGUAACAAAAUAAGGUACAACUCCAAGAGAAGACACUGGAGGAGAACAAAGCUGGGUCUAUAAGGAUUCACACAAUGGCAAG